AUGUCGCAGAUCCUGGGAAGUGCGGCGAAGUUUGUCGCUGGAAAGCAAGCCAACGAGUUCGCACACCGCUUUGAGCCCGAGGACCCCUACUAUGAGUACUACGAGCAGAACGGCAAACAAAAACGCCGCAAGCGUGCGCUGCCUCCCGGUCUCUCGAAGAAGGAUGCCAAGAUCCUGCGCAAGGUGAUGCGCCGUGCGCACUACCUCGACAAGGGGUUCCACAUCUGCGGUAUCCGUUUCGGUUGGACCUUCCUCAUCGGCCUGAUUCCGCUGGCUGGUGACAUUACCGAUGCCCUGCUCAACUACCACCUUGUGGUGAAGAAGGCGAAGCAGGUCGACGGUAUUCCUGAAUCGCUCAUCCGCCAAAUGAUGAUGAACAACGCGGUCUCGAUUGGUGUCGGUGUCGUGCCGCUGGUGGGUGACAUUGCCUUGGCCGCCUGGAAGACCAACUGGCGCAACGCAGCUCUGCUCGAAAAAUUCCUGCGCGAGCGCGGCGCGGCCAACCUUGCCGGCAACGGAUUCGACACGCAGGGCGGCGCCGGCCACUCGUCCGCGAUCGGCACGCAGCACGCGACCGCCACCGGCGCCACGCACGGCGGAGCCGCUCCUCCUCCCGUUCCGCAUCGCCCUACGUAG